AGCAAAAUGGCUGAAGGUGUGUUCCUGGAUCAGGACCAGUUGAGCUGUCCAAUCUGUCUGGAUCUACUGAAGAAUCCGGCCGCUAUUCCCUGUGGACACAGUUUCUGUAUGGGUUGUAUUAAUGGCUACUGGGAUCAGUAUGAUGAUAUUGGUGUCUUCAGCUGUCCCCAGUGCAGACAGACCUUCGCCCCAAGGCCUGCUCUGGGCAAAAAUACCAUGCUGGCUGAAGUGGUGGAGAAACUGAAGAAGACAGGACUCCAAGCUGCUCCUCCUGCUCACUGUUACUCUGGACCUGGGGAUGUGGAGUGUGAUGUCUGCAUUGGGAGAAAGCGUAAAGCUGUCAAGUCCUGCCUGGUGUGUCAGGUCUCUUACUGUGAAAUUCACCUCAAGCCUCACUAUGAAUCCCCUGCCUUUAAGAAGCACGGACUGGUCAAAGCCACUGGAAACCUGCAGAAGACCUGCUCUCAUCAUGACAAAUUGCUGGAGCUUUACUGUCAAACCGAUAACAAGUUUAUCUGUCUGCUGUGUGCAACGGAUGAACACAGCGGCCAUAAAAUAGUCUCAGCAGGAGCUGAAAGGAACUUAAAACAGAAGCAGCUAAGAGGAACUCUGAGAAAAUUCCACUUGAGAAUCAAGGAGAGAGAGCAGGAGCUGCAGGACCUGAGACAGGCUGUGCAGUCACUCAAGCGCUCUGCACAGGCAGCAGUGGAUGACUGUGACAUGAUGUUUACUGAGAUGAUCCGCUCCAUUGCGAGAAAGCGCUCUGAGGUGAAAGAGGUGAUCAGAGGUCAGGAGAGGGUUGAAGUGAGUCGGGCUGAAGGACUCCAGGAGCGACUGGAUCAGGAGAUUACUGAGCUGAGGAGGAGAGAGGCUGAGCUGGAGGAGCUUUCUCACGCAGAGGAUAACAUCCAUUUUCUCCAGAGCUGUCAGUCUCUCUGUGCCCCUCCAGGACCUGGAAAGUUACGCAGAAUCACUUUUAGUCCACACUUCUCUUGUGAGGCUGUGAGGAAAUCUGUCUCUGUACUGAGAAAGCAACUGGAUGACGUCUGCAAGGUGGAACUGAUCAGAAUUUCUCAAUCAGUGAAAGAAGUCGCCACUGUAGAGCCCAUGACCAGAGAAGAUUUCUUACAAUAUUCAUGUCAGCUCACACUGGACCCCAACACAGCACACAGAAACCUCCGCGUGUACAAGACGAGCAGACUGCUCACCUAUGUGAAAAAGAUCAAUUCAUCUCCUGAUCAUCCAGAGAGAUUUGACUGCUGGGUCCAAGUGCUGUGCAAAGAAGCUCUGUCUGGGCGCUGUUAUUGGGAGGUUGAGUGGAAUCGGGGUGAAGGGGUUGAUAUAGGAGUGUCAUAUGAGGAGAUCAGCAGGAAAGGAGGAGGUAAUGUCUGUGGUUUGGGAUAUAAUGACAACUCAUGGUGUUUGCACUGCUCUCACUCCAGUUACUCUUUUGGGCACAGUAAUAAGAGAACUGAAAUCCCUGUUCCCUACUCCUCCAGGAUUGGAGUGUACCUGGAUCACAGGGCAGGAACUCUGUCCUUCUACAGCAUCUCUGACACAAUGACCCUCCUGCACAGAGUCCUGACCACAUUCACUCAGCCCCUCUAUUGUGCGUUUGGGCUUGAGGAUGGAUCCUCUAUUCAGCUGUGAUCUGAGACUGAGAGAGGGGAAAUCAGCUACUAUCUGAGUGAGAGAAAAACUGCAGUGAGGAAGAAAUUUCUUUUUUAUAAAAUAGUACUAUUAUUGUUGUGACGAGGGAUAGAGAAACACAAGGGUUGGAGUGAGAAAAAACAUAUGAUGAGAUGGAAAACAUAAUAUGAUUGAAAAUAACAACAAAAAAAACAUUGGUUGCCAGCCCCAGGACUUUAGACCGUAAGAGAAGACAGCUCAACUGCAUUAGUAUUAGGAGAGAGGGAGAGCUGGUAUGGUAGUUUAGCUCAAUUCAAACUGAAGGGAGAUAUAGAUGGAAUGACAGUUUAGCUGAAUUCAAACAAACUGAAGGGAGAUGCAGCUGUUGAGAGUUUAGCUGAAUUAAAAUUGAAGGGAGAUACCGCUGAUUUGGGAGUUUAGCUGAAUUCAAACUGAAGGGAGAUCAGGCUGUCAGGUGCAUAGCUCAAGAGUAGCCUCUUAUCUUUUGGUCUAGUUAGAUAAUGAAAUAUUUCUAUUUUUAACCAUGGAGUUAACAAAAUAAAAAAAAACUAUUAUUUAUCUUUAUUCUUCAGCAAGUAAUUUACUUUGACUUCAUUUCCAGUUACUAAUGCUAGCACUUAUAUAUAGUUAUAUAUAGAUAUUGAGUUAGAUAUUGUCUUGUUGUACUCAGGGUAUUCUAGCUGCCAACCGUGGUAUGCUAGUUUAUAAGUUGAUGCAUUCUUCAAGGGCUCCAAUUGUAUCUGUAUGGUCACGCUUGUACUGUCCUCUCAGGUCCUGUUCACACUUGUACAUCACUCUGGAUACGAGUGUCUGCUAAAUUCUUUGUAAUGUAAUGUAAUGUAAUAUUAAUGCUGUAAUUUGCCUAUUAUAUUUCCUUACAU